AUAUAAUAGAAUUACUCUUCCCUUUGUAGAAGAGCCUAAAGCAAUGAAUGAUGGGGAAGUUAUUUCUCAUUGUCCUCACCUUGGCCACCUUCUUCACCUUUCAUGUCUCCCAACUUCAAGCUUGCCCGUAUUGCCCAUACCCUACCCCCCCUACCAAACCACCCCAUAAAACCCCUCCUAAGCCUAAGAAACCACCACCCCACAAACCACCUAAGCCUCCGGCCACCAAGAAGCCUCCACCGCCGCCAUGCCCACCCAAGCCCCCUAAGGUUAGCCCACCCCACCACACCCCCAAGCCUCCAAAGAUUAGUCCACCCCACCACACUCCCAAGCCUCCCAAGGUGAGUCCACCUCACCCCACCCCCAAGCCCCCCAUCACACACCCUCCAACCAACCCCAAACCCCCAAUAGUGAUCCCACCAAUCACACCCACACCACCCAUAGUGAACCCUCCCACCACCCCAAAGCCCCCUAUAGUAACCCCACCAAUCAUUCCCACACCACCCAUAGUGAACCCUCCUCCAAUCAUCCCCAAACCACCAAUAGCACCACCACAGCCAUGCCCUCCUCCACCACCACCACCAUCACCACCACAAGGGCAGGGGACAUGCCCCAUAGACACCUUGAAGCUGGAUGCAUGUGUGGAUGUGUUAGGGGGGCUGGUGCACAUAGGGAUAGGCAAUGCCAAGGACACCUGCUGCCCUGUCCUGGGAGGGCUGGUGGGAUUAGAUGCAGCCAUCUGCCUCUGCACCACCAUUAAAGCCAAGCUCCUCAACAUCAACAUUGUCAUCCCUCUUGCCCUUCAACUCCUCAUCGACUGUGGCAAAACUCCACCCUCAGGCUUCCAAUGCACUGCCUGAGCCUGAGCCUCAACCUGGAUGAACAAACCAACAAUCCAUCCAUCCUCUAUCUACCUAUCUUCUAAUAAUACUCUAUUAGUUCAGACAGACAGACAAUGGAAUUUGUGUAGUGGUCAGGACGUUGUUUGUUUGAACUCUGACAGGUCUGAGAAUAACAAGACCAUGGGAGGGAGAAGGCGUAUUAUAUUAUCAUCAGCCAAGAACAAGUCUUGUAGUGAAAGACACUUUUGCUUCAUUGAAUUCUCAUUUUACUUCAACAGUGUGCACUUUAAGAACUGUUUUGUGGAAAUAAAUGCAUUCUAUGCCUUUGUGCUGUGAGGGGUUUUUUUAUAUAUAUUGAUUAUGCUCUUGUCAUGUUGUUUCA